AUGUUGUUCAAGAAGAAACGCAGCGAGCUGACUUCUCUACAAAUAGGCAAUGCUGUAAUUGAUUGGGAGAAGGACUUUGCUGACAGGCAAAGAUGGGUUGUCACCACAUUUACCCAGGAGUUCAGCACUUCAGUCUCGCCGGCUAUGUUGUUCAAGGCCUUAAUCCUCCACUCUCACAACCUCGUCCCCAAGCUUGUGCCCCAGUCCAUCAAGAGCAUCGAGUUCAGUCAAGGCGAUGGUGGUGUUGGUAGCAUCAAGCAAACCAACUUCCCCGAGGGGAGUCACUUCAAAUACUUAAAGCACAAGAUCGAUGACCUUGAUGUUGACAACCUUAUGUGCAAGUACACUUUGAUUGAAGGAGACGUUUUGGGUGACAAGCUGCAACUGAUUUCUUGCGAGGUGAAGAUGGAGGCAUCAGGCUCAGGCUCAGGCUCAGGUAGCGCGUGCAAGAUGACAAAUCACUAUCACACAAAGGGUGAGUUCGUGAUCAAGGAAGAAAAUAUCAAGGAUGGCAAAGACAAGACCCUUGGGUUGUACAAGGUUGUCGAGAAAUACCUCCUUGCCAAUCCCAAUAUCUAUGCUUAAAUUUUGUUUUCUGCCUGCCGAGUCCCUCCCCAAGUGUUAUAUAUUUUUUUUUUCAUUUUGUCCUGUAGUUUCUUGGCAGAAUGCCCUUUGCUUGGUAAUAAGAAGCCUGGUAUUGACUCGACUAAUGGUGCUGUAUUGUUGGCUUUCGCUUGAGAUGCAUGUAAUAGAUCAUGAAUGAAUAAAGUAGCUUUCAAUU